GAAAGAGCGACAGACGCUCCAGCUGCCGCUCUAUCGAACAUUGCUUCUUGCACAUUGCAGGUGAAAUUUGGGACGCCGGUCUAGUUGGCUUCCGUUUGGACAAUACGAUCACCUUUUCGACCGGAAGGGGUGGAACGAAGGAGAUUUUACUCCGUUUCUGACGUCAACACAGCAGGAAUCCAAAUACCGCGUCUGUCAUAGCAGAACUGAGCAGUUGGCACCUGCUACUGUCGAUGACACGCGCCUCGAAGUACACCUGAUCAGCCGUGCUCAGCCGAAGGUUCUACAGCGUGUUACAUGAGUGGUGCCCUGGACGAAUAUUCUCGGAAACUCCAGUACUCGACGCAGCUGCGUCCGGAAAUGCUUGGUGCUGACUUGAAACUGGUCGAGGUGUCAAGGUAGCGCUGAUCGAAGCUCGCAAUGCGGCAAGAAAGAUCUGUGUGGAUCGCCUUACCGCUGCUGCUGGCAGCGGUGGCUGCCGAGGAGCCGCGAGAUCGGCCACUGGGCGGCAUCGAGAGGCUGGCACGAGGGCUGCAGAAGAAAGUCCACUGCGCGGGUCUCUCGGCCUUCGAGUGCGUACAGUGCCUGUCUCCUGGCAGCAUGGCUUCUCUAGUGGCCGGGAACGACACGAAUGAAACAGUAGGUGACCGGCAGCGUGAGCGGCUGAGCGUUCUCCUGCUGGAGCGACUGACGGACAUGCGCCAGCCGUGCAACGUUGGACGCUGCGGCACGUACGAGCAAUGCCGAGCCGCCCUGCAACUGGCUUCACCUGGACGGCUGGCGCGCCUAGAGGACAUUCUGCGACGCGUCAAGGCCGUCUACGUGCCCACCAACAGACACAAGUGCUUCACCGCAGAGGACGUACUAAACAGCCUAGUGCCAUAUGAGCAGAACGAGGAGGCGUACGUCGAAAAAGUAGCCACGUCAGUCAUCACUCAUCUUUCGCAGGGUCAUUGUAUCGAGGUUGGAGACGCCGUGACAGAUUUUCUUGAAGAUCUCUUCCGGCGGUAUGGCGACAACACGUCCGAACUAAUGACACAACAAGGUCUAGAGAGGCUGCUCAAAAAAUUACGCCUAGCAUCAGAAGAUAUUGCCUAUGGUCACAAACACAAGCAUGACCAUGGCGACGGCCAUCACCACAGUGACCACGACCAUGACUACGACCAUGAUCAUGAGAGCCACAAUCACGAUCACGACUACGAACACGAGGACGGGCACGACAACAACCACGACAAUGACCACGGCAGUGAAAAUGACCAUGAUCAUAAACAUGACCAUGGAUAUGACCAUGAACAUAAUCAUGACCAUGAGCAUGACCAUGGACAUGACCACGAACAUGACCAUGACGACGGCCACGGGCACAUCGAAGACAAUCAUCACGGACACUCCGGCCACAACCAUCACAGCAGUAACACCACGGUGGAACAGACUUCAACGCCCCCAGUAUCCAGCACUUCCACGGAUAGUCAUACGCACAGUACCACUGACUAUACCGAGACCAGUCAUGAACGGGCCGCCAAGACAUCUGACCAUCAUCAUCAAGACGGUCAUAUUGACCACGAUGGCCAUGAACACGACGAUGAAGCCAGUACUCGCAAUCGUCGUGCCACAGUGCGCCCAUCUCGAAGCCAGCCCGCUGUGCAACCUGGUUCAAACGUCGUGGGAAGACGACGACGCGGUGUCCCGCCGGUUCCGGACCACGACAUCCACAACCACAACAGUUCCGCUUCAAAAUGUUGGACUCCACGAGAGCUGAUUCGGCAGUUCGGAUUCUCCGGGAAUGGAACCAUUAGCAGGCGCGAGUUCUUCCAUCUGUGUCCGGCGUUAAUACAGCAAGCUGUCAGUGACGUGUGCCUCCAAACUACCCGCGAAGAACACAAGCCUACCACGGCCGAGUUGUAUGGCUACGGGACUCUGUCGGUGUUUAUUAUCAGCCUGUGCUCCUUGAUGGGAGUGCUGCUUCUACCAUGCCUGGCUCGCCACGCCUACUAUUACAUCAUGAUGGGCUUCAUUGGCCUCUCGUUCGGCACAAUGACUGGAGACGCGUUCCUGCACCUAAUACCACAGGUACUUGGCCUGCACAGCCAUGACUCAGACCACGGAUCGGAAGGUCACUCACACUCACAUGGCCACGACCACGACAGCCUCGUGCCAGAAUACAUGUGGAAACAACUGGGGCUGAUAGGGGCCUUAUACGGCCUGUUCAUCUUUGAGGCUCUGAGCAACAUAUUUAGUGGCGAGAAGAGUGAUGGUCACGGGCACAGUCAUCUCCCUAAAAAUAUUCCCGAGGAUCUUCACAUGACAAAAGUAUCAUCAAAGACGGAGUCCAACAUUGAACUGGCGCACUGCUCGAGCACACCAUCGUUAGCGCUUGAAGAGAAUCCACAAGUUCCGGUGCUGAAGUCUCGAGCGCUUUGCUGUGGCAUGUCAACGCUGGCAACAAUGGUGAUCAUCGGUGGUGCGAUCCACAACGUUGCUGAUGGCUUGGCCAUUGGCGCUGCUUUUUCGUCGGGCCUGAAGAGCGGCCUCUCGACAUCUCUCGCCGUAUUCUGCCACGAGCUUCCACACGAGUUUGGUGACUUCGUGGUGCUCAUCUCCACCGGGCUGGGUUACCGCCGCGCGCUGCUGCUCAACUUCUUGUCGGCAAUGGCGGCGUUUGCUGGCCUAUACGCGGGAUUCUUGCUGGGCGAAGAGGUAGCGGCGCGAGACUGGAUACUCACUGUCACUGCGGGCAUCUUCCUCUACGUAGCGCUCGUAGACAUGCUGCCCGAGCUGAAGCAGUACAAAGGGAAGAGUCCUUUCAAGAUGUUCAUCGUCAAGAACAUCGGAGUGCUGGCUGGCGUCGGAAUUAUGUGCGUGAUUGCCAUAUACGAAGACCAGCUCAACAUUUAACAAUGCCGGGUGAUACGGCGUUUAGAAGUGCUUCGUGGACGUGCCUUCUUCGAGAAGUUUGUGUUCGUGACGGAACAGAUGUGAACUGCUCGGUGUUGUGAGCGUCUGCAGCGAACGCUUUCGUGAAGUGCGUCAUAGCUGCACACGUUACACUACAUUCUGCUGACUGUCCUAGCAAGGGCUUGAUUUCAUGAGUCGCUCACCGAACAUUCGUGGUGUACGCGCAAUAAGCCGCUUUAGCAACCGUUGUUCAUCUUGUUGCUCAACGUAUCAGCCAGUGUGACUCAUAUUUAGUGGCAUCUAUUAAUGCGCAAGUAUCUGCAUGGCUUUUGUCUAAAUAGUCAACUUACAAAAGUGCAAUACCGUUACGCUGUCAUACCUCCAUCUGCAUAAGUAACUAUAUCAUUCCGUUGAUUGUUUCUUGCGAUUUACGCCGCUCCGCCCCCCCCCCCCCCGCCCCCAACGAAGGAAGAAGUAAGGUUCAGCUAUAUCAGAAAUGAAUGUGCAAGAACUAAUAGUGAGUCUGAUACUGUUCAUUCUGACUAACAGGUUUGUAACUGCAAUUGCUAACACACAUGGUAGGCAGCAAUAGAAAACACCGUAAAGAAACUGGACAUUUCAGGACGUAAGCCUACUAUGACAACGAAACCUCAGUAUAAUUUUAUAGAGAAAUAUAGUUGUAUAGCUACGUGUAUCACUGCAUGUACAAGGAUUCGUAGAGCAGACAAUAGCAUUGAUAGCAAGGCAGCUCAGAGCUCUAUGAGUAAUUAAGUUCUGCAGAGCCAAGUAUGUGACAAUACAAACUAUUGUUUGCUGCUUUAUUGCAGUGCAAGGGUGGCACCCUCGUUGUCCUAAGUUUAUGACGCACUAGGAACAAAAGCUAACGGUCCCUUUGCCUAUAGUAGACGAGGCAUAUACAUGUGAUGGAUGUUGCUUUAAUUCAGCAGCGAAGUUCCUUCUGCAAGACGAGGUCAUCUACAUUGCGCUAUCGGAGCCCGCUAAAGAGGAACAACGUUGAAUGGUGCUGACAUGUUACAAUUACUGCUCCGAACGUUGCGCCAAGAAACCAGCGGAGUGUAUUAUAUUGUUGGACGACUUACGUGAAUAGUACUGAGCACAAUCCACGUUUUUAGUGCUUUCCCGAAUACAAUGCAAUAGUGCUCAGGGACAGACUUGUUAUCAUUUAAGAAGCGCAAAAUGACACGGGGACGAAGCAUAGACACACACAGGGCAAGCGUUAUAACAGGACAAGCGCUGUUAUAACCCGCGCGCAGGACUAACAUAAAUGAUAUUUUUUUUCUUCCAAAGUGCUUUUGCACCUCGUUAUGCUUGGGAGAUUGCUUAAAGUGCAAAACACUGCAGCUCACGCCAUUACAGUAUGAUGUCUUUAUCUUCCUUUUCUGUUUUCUUUCGUGUAUAUCGAAUUUCUUUCGUAUUAUUAUCUUUUGUUUUCCCCCCGUAGAUUCAAUAGGACUUCCUGUAUGGCAAGCUAACAUAUACCCAUAUGGCUACCCGUUGAAAAAUAGAUUGUGAGGAGCGAAGUAAAAUCUACUAGUCAGCUCUUGAUUGAAAGAGCACCCUGCGGCUACCCAUGAGUGCGUAGCGCAGGUUCUUAUUUGACGGUGGCCAAAAA